CUCGUGCCUUUCACUCUGACGAGGGGAGAGAGGCUGCGCCGCCGCUGCUGCUGUGGGGUGAGAGGGCUUGUCAUGGCGCUGGAGACGCUCUCGCCGGACUGGGAGUUUGACCGUGUCGACGACGGCUCUCAGAAAAUCCAUGUUGAAGUGCAGUUGAAGAAUUAUGAGAAAUUUCUUACUGCAUACACUUCCCAGCUGAAGAGAAUUGAAGAUGCGUUGGAUGAUUCCGUAGGAGAUGUUUGGGAUUUCAAUCUUGAUCCUAUUGCAUUAAAUCUUUUGCCUUAUGAACAGUCUUCCUUACUUGAGCUCAUAAAGACAGAAAACAAGGUCCUAAACAAAGUUAUCACUGUGUAUGCGGCUCUGUGCUGUGAAAUCAAAACAUUAAAGUAUGAGGCAGAAACAAAAUUUUAUAAUGGCCUCUUGUUUUAUGGAGAGGGAGAUAUGGAUUCUAGUAAAGUGGAAGGAGAUAGCCAAAUUCAGAUGGGAAGAUUUAUUUCAUUUUUACAGGAGCUGUCUUGCUUUGUGACACGGUGCUAUGAAGUAGUGAUGAAUGUAGUUCACCAGUUGGCUGUUCUUUAUACUAGUAACAAGACUACGCCUAAAGUUAUAGAGACAUCAGGAGUUCAUUUUCAGGCUAUGUAUGAGCAUCUCGGGGAACUCCUGACAGUUUUACUCACAUUGGAUGAGAUAAUAUAUAAUCAUGCUACACUGAAAGAUCACUGGACUAUGUACAAAAGGUUACUAAAAUCUGUCCAUCACAAUCCUUCUAAAUUUGGAAUGCAGGAAGAGAAAUUGAAACCAUUUGAAAAGCUGCUAUUAAAACUAGAAAGCCAGUUACUGGAUGGGAUGAUAUUUCAGGCUUGUAUAGAACAGCAGUUUGAUUCCCUGAAUGGUGGGGUGUCAGUGUCGAAGAACAGCACUUUUGCCGAGGAGUUUGCACAUAGUAUUCGCACAAUUUUUACCAAUAUUGAAGCUAAGCUUGGUGAACCCUCAGAAAUUGACCAGAGAGAUAAAUACGUAGGAAUUUGUGGGCUCUUUGUGCUGCAUUUUCAGAUUUUUCGGACUAUAGACAAGAAAUUUUACAAAUCAUUACUGGACAUUUGCAAAAAGGUGCCGGCUAUAACUCUUACUGCUAAUAUAAUUUGGUUUGCUGACUCCUUUCUGAGCCAGAAAAUGCCAGCUGCCGCCAAACUUCUGGACAAGAAAACCUUUCAGUCCAUUAAGUUAAAUAGAGAAAGUUUUCUACAGCAGAAGGCCCAGUCACUUACCAAAGAAAUGCAGUCGUAUUACGUGUUUGUUAGCUCUUGGAUGAUGAAAAUGGAAUCUAUUUUAUCAAAGGAACAACGAAAGGAUAAGUUUGCAGAAGAUCCAACCAACAGGUGCAAUGUUUUUAUACAGGGGUUUCUGUAUGCUUACAGCCUUAGUAACAUCAUUAAAACGACAAUGAAUCUGCACAUGUCCAUGCAGAAGCCAAUGACUAAAACCUCAGUUAAAGCAUUGUGCAGGAUGGUGGAACUUCUUAAAGCAAUAGAGCAUACGUUUUACAGAAGAAGUAUGAUUGUUGCUGAUUCAGUCACACACAUAAUCCAGCAUCUUCAGCAUCAAGCUCUUAACGCCAUUGCUAUAGCCAAGAAAAGAGUAAUUUCUGACAAAAAGUACAGUGAACAGCGCCUUGAUGUACUCUCUGCACUUGUUCUGGCUGAGAAUACCCUCACUGGUCCCAGCACAAAACAGAGGCGGCUCAUUAUAUCUCUGGCUCUCAGUGUGGGCACACAGAUGAAAACAUUUAAAGAUGAAGAACUCCUUCCUCUUCAAGUAGUGAUGAAAAAAUUGGCCUUAAUCAGUGAACUUAGGGAACGAGUUCAAGUACAAUGUGACUGCUGCUUCCUGUACUGGCAUAGAACUGUAUUUCCAAUUUAUCUGGAUGAUGUCUAUGAAAAUGCAAUAGAUGCUGCUAGACUGCAUUACAUGUUUAAUGCAUUGAGGGAUUGUGUUCCAGCUAUGAUGCACUCAAGGCAUUUAGAAUCCCAUGAAAUUCUUCUAGAAAGUUAUGACAGAGAAAUCAUGGAUGUUUUAAAUAAGCACCUUCUGGACAAAUUAUGUAAAGAAAUAGAAAAGGAUUUACGCCUUUCUGUUCAUACGCACUUAAAGUUAGAUGACCGAAAUCCAUUCAAAGUUGGCAUGAAGGACCUUGCACACUUCUUCUCUUUGAACCCAAUUCGCUUUUUUAAUAGGUUCAUAGAUAUCAAAGCUCAUGUGACCCAUUAUCUAGACAAGACUUUCUACAAUUUAACCACAGUAGCACUUCAUGACUGGGCCACAUAUAGUGAAAUGAGGAAUUUGGCAACCCAGCGCUAUGGCUUAACUAUGACAGAAGCACAUCUUCCUAGUCAAACUUUAGAACAGGGUCUAGAUGUCCUGGAAAUUAUGAGAAAUAUUCAUGUGUUUGUAUCCAGAUACCUCUACAAUCUCAAUAAUCAGAUCUUCAUUGAGAGAAUCAGCAAUAACAAGCAUCUUAACACCAUAAAUAUAAGGCACAUUGCUAAUUCUAUUCGAACACAUGGCACAGGAAUCAUGAAUACAACAGUCAAUUUCACAUACCAGUUUUUGAGAAAGAAAUUUUAUAUCUUUAGUCAGUUUAUGUAUGAUGAACACAUCAAAUCCAGGCUGAUCAAAGACAUCAGAUUCUUUAGGGAAUUUAAGGAUCAAAAUGACCACAAGUACCCUUUUGAAAGAGCAGAGAAAUUCAACCGGGGAAUCAGAAAACUUGGAAUUACGCCUGAUGGACAAAGUUACCUUGACCAGUUCAGGCAACUAAUAAGCCAGAUAGGAAAUGCCAUGGGCUAUGUCCGGAUGAUAAGAUCUGGUGGACUGCACUGCUGUAGCAGUGCAAUUAGGUUUGUUCCUGAUCUUGAGGAUAUUGUUAAUUUUGAAGAACUUGUGAAAGAGGAAGGUCUUUCAGAAGAAACACAAAAAGCUGCAAGGCAACUGGACUGUGUACUAAGUGACCUCACACGCAACUCUGCAGAAGGCACAGAAUAUUUCAAAAUGCUUGUGGAUGUGUUUGCUCCUGAAUUUCGCAGUCCGAAAAACAUGCAUCUACGCAACUUUUAUAUAAUUGUUCCUCCACUGGCUCUAAACUUUAUCGAACAUUCAAUCAGCUGUAAGGAGAAACUGAACAAAAAGAACAAAGCUGGUGCAGCCUUCACUGAUGAUGGUUUUGCCAUGGGUGUUGCUUACAUUCUGAAGCUUUUGAACCAGUACCAGGAGUUUGAUUCCCUCCACUGGUUCCAGUCAGUGCGAGAGAAGUAUGUGAGAGAGAUCAGAGCAUUGGCAAAGCAGCAGAACGUUCAGUCAGCAAGUCAAGAUGAAAAGUUGCUACAGACUAUGAACCUUACUCACAAGCGACUGGAAGUUUGUUUACAGGAGUUUGAACUGCUUCAUUUCUCACUGAGUAGUGCAAGGAUAUUUUUCAGAGCGGAUAAAACAGCAGCAGAAGAAAAUCAAGAGAAAAAAGAACGCGAAGAAGAAAGUGGAAAAACAAGCAAUGGAGGUCUGUCCAAUUCUACUUCUGGAGAUCUUGUUGUGAAAUGAGAGCCUGGAAAUCCAUAGCAGUGGUGAUUUACUGAAAGUGAUGGGAUCAACUGGAAUGGAAUUUCUCAAGCUUUGAAUUUGACAGUGAGCCAGAACUGCUAUGAAAUGUAGAAUAAUCCAUAUUCAUUCAAUUCAAAAUAUUGUAAGUCAUUCUCUCUGGUCAAGUUUCAUUAAAAUAUGCAGUUUACCUCA